AUGCUUACCCUCACACUCACCGCCGAACUGGAAGGUGUAACCGGCUUGAAGCCGACUGAUACCGAGGAGAACCCUUACUACUACACCUUCAAGGUGCAAUGUACCUCGUGUCGCGAGACGCACCCGAACUGGGUUAGUUUCAAUCGUUUUGAGCAGCAAGAGAUUCCCGGUAGCCGGGGUGAGGCCAACUUUGUGUGGAAGUGUCGUUUGUGCACAAAAACCCACUCUGCGUCCAUCACGGCUGGCCCGCAUGCGUACGAGGCCGAGGAGAAGAAGAAAAAGGGCCAGAAGAUCAUCGAGCUGGACUGCCGUGGUCUAGAAUUCGUUGACUUCAAGCCUGAUGGCGAAUGGGAGGCAAAGGGCGUCGAGUCUUCGACUUCUUUUACUGGGAUUGACCUCUCCGAGGGUGAGUGGUAUGACUACGAUGAGAAGGCCAGCGAGGAAGUUAGCAUCAAGGAGAUGAACUGGAGUAUUGGACGGGCGUAG